AUGGCGAAGUCGCACUCGAUGGUCAUCAUUCCGGUUGGGUAUCCUGCGAAUACCCUCAGCUAUGAACAGCUGAAUGCUGCUCGAUGCGCACUGAUCAAUAGCAACAUGGAGCAGAGCUCAAACAAUACGAGACCCAACUUUAGAAAGUGCAUCUACAAACAAUGGUAUCUCGAAAUCGCCUGUGUAUACAAAGAUACAACUAAGUUGCUGCAAGAUGCCAUAGCUGCGAUCAAGCCCUGGAAAGACGCUUCAUUGGAAGCCGUUGAAACGUCGCAGAUUCCAAAACAAGCGCUUUACAUCGGAUAUUUCCCCGACAGCAUCAAAAGGUCCGAUGGGAGCAUCCUCCGCCGGGUGCAGAAUCAGAACGACAAUUUCUGCACAGAAUGCUGGAGGGUCGUCAAGAGAACUACGUUCCUCAAAACGGUAGAGCUCCUGUUGGCGGUAGAUGAGGCUACAGUGAAACUGAUAACCUCCCAACACAACCAGCUGAACUACGUAUUCGGAAAGGCUAGUAUGCGCCAGUUGAAGAGAUGGGUUGGUCUUCGCUGA